GAAAGGCUGAGACAACUUCUGGAUGUAUUAGUUAGGAGCAGUGUCUGGAGCUGUACCACUGAAGGAAUUCCUUGCAUCCUGUAUAUAGAGCUAUUGGUGCUUUCUUUUCUCCUGCCUCCUUUCUUUCUAUCAUCUAUUUUGUCUGGGUGUUUAAUAUCUAGGAUGGCUCCAAGGACCAGCCAAAUGCCUGCUUUUUUGUCUCUCCUGGCAUUUAUGCUGCUGGCCCUUCUAGACUCAUCAACUGCCGUAACAGAAAGGAAGUUCCCAAGCAGAACAUUUCGAUUACGAGCUCGCAACCCUGAUGACAGAUUACCCCUUCCUCAAACAGCAGGGAUGAGAACUGUACGAAGAUUUCGGGGCCAAUCUUCCAAUCUAGGUGAAAAUGCAAGAAGGGUUAACUAUACUCCAGUAAGACCAGUUGUCCAGAAUGAAGACAACAAGCAACGAGCCUCUGAGUCUGUACAUGUGGUCUCCCUUCAGUCAAUGAAUCCCCAAGGGAAAAGCCAACCGGUAUAUCGGGCAGCUGUUACAAAGCUUAAAAUUCCAGAGGAUGAUUAUCUUAUUGAGCCUAAGGAAGUAAGCGUCAGAGUGUUGUCCUCUCAAUCUGUACUUGUCACAUGGAUGGAUCCAAUGUCUGAAAAGUCCCCAAAGGUUCAGUCAGACAGACAUUACACAAUUCGAUACCGUGAAAAGGGAGAAUCUGCACGUUGGGAUUACAAGGAAAUAAACACAAGACGUGCUUUGAUUGACAAACUAAAUCCUGAUGCCAUGUACGAAUUUUCUGUCCGUGUUUCCCAAGGAGAACAAGAAAGUCAAUGGAGUCCUUCAGUUUUUCAAAGAACUCCUGAGUCUGCUCCAACAACUGCACCUGAGAACCUUUAUGUGGAACCGCUGACAAGUAAACCUACAUCUGUGAGGGUGAUGUGGGAUGAACUCUAUGACAGUGCUGGAAAAAUAAAAGAAUACAUUGUGUCAUAUGCUCCUGCAAUGAAACCGUUUGGAGGCAAAACCAUACCAUAUUCAGGAACAACCACAUCUGCCAUAGUUGAUGGUCUGCAGCCUGGUGAAAGGUACAUUUUCAAAAUCCGAGCAGCCAACAGAAGAGGGCAGGGCCCUCAGUCUAAAGCCUUUACAGUCACCAUGCCAAUGGGCGCUACUUCGGUAAAGACACUUUAUCAUCAGCCUCAUAAAGAGACUUAUUCUAGAGAAGACAAAAAUCCUGAAAAUGUAAUUUCUUCUGAAUCCUUGGAAGAAGACAUACAGCAAUCGUCCCCAAAGACCAAUUCUAGGCAGCAUAAGGUCAACACUCACUCCGCUGAAUUGAUUGAUGAUACGGAAACCACAACAAUAAUCCCUAAAAUUGUAACACCGAACCCUAGAAGACUAUUUAGACCAAUGUUAAAUAAUCGUUUUAAUUCAAAUAACAGAAGACCACUUAGACCAAAUUCCUUUAAUGUAGGACGCAGAAUUGUUGAACGUAAACCUGCACCUGCACCUACAGUAGUAGUAGAUGACAACGAAACUAAAGAUUUAGAAACUGUUGAUCAUGACACAAAAGAAAAUAAAUAUUCAUCUAAUAUUGGUGAAGAAAUAUCUAUUGAAAGCAGAGAGAGUUCAAAUGUAGAAUUAGAAGACACACAGAGAAAAAAUAGUGUGAAUGUUGACAGUAUGCAUGAUUUAGAAAAAAGCAAAAUAACUUCACCCAUAUCUAAUCCAGAAAGGAAAGGGCCAGCAACUGUAAAUACAAGAAAAAAUAAGGCUUCUGUUAUGCCAGGGGCUACUCACCUAGCAAAAUUGUCGACACAUGAGAAGCCACAGGUAAGUGUGGAUGAAGACGAAAGAGACCAAAGUGAAAGUGACCAUAAAUCUACUUCUGCUGGGAAAACACAUGCUAGUCUAUUACCAGCUCCUAAAAUUGAUACUAGACAAGCACAUUCUUCUCUUCCUGUAAAUAAGGAAUCAACAUCAUCUCCCCACGAUUCCAUAAAUUCAGACCGUCAUGCUAAUAAAGACAGCAGGGACUCUUAUAGAGACUUGAUUGAUAUAAAAACAAAAACUGCCAAUGAUCAUCGCCCCACAAAAAUGUCUUAUCACAAAACGAAAAAACAGACAAUGGUAAGAGGCGUUGUAAGAGCAGUUUCUUCAACAACUGUUUCUCCUACAACAACCACCACCACUAGUACUACUACCACAACAGCUACAACCACAACCACGGCUACUUCAGCUGCUACUACAACUACCGCAAAAGCUCAAUUGCCUAGUGAAACUAAGAGACAAAAUAUUUUGUCUAAUAAACAGCAAAACGUUCCAUCUUUUUCUGGAAAAUCUGCUUUAUCCUUACUAGAAUACUACAGGAGAAGAAGUUCUCAGGUAAAAAACAAUGCUGGAAGUAAAACAAUCUCUAAUGGAGGAUCAAAGUUUCAUCCAGUGACAACUGCUCAAACUACUACAUCAACUACAGUUAUGACAACCACAUUAGCUCCAAAGGCUGAAAAAAAAGAAAAUCAAGGGAAAAUACUAGAUCUGUCCGAUAGGAAAGAAGAUCCUUACUUUGAUUCCUCUGAACUGUCUUCCAAAUCUUCUUCCUAUAUCAAGUCUAACCAAGAGAUAGAUAUAAAAAAGUCAGAAGAUAGGCAUGCAGCAAUUUCUUCUGCUAUUAAAAUAUCCGAGACAGAGGACAAGAAAAUAUCUGUAACCUCCAAGAAAAAGGUAAGAACACAUAACAUACCAGUCAAAAAAACCAAGGUCGGUAUAAAAUCAGAACCUCUGCCGGCAGUAUUAAAAUCUAAAGAAGAUCAAAUUCCAUCUGCUGCCUCACAUUUAUCUCAAGAAAGAACAAGUAUUUCUCAUAAGGAACAUGAGGACCAUCCUGAAGAUAACAAAAGCACUCCCAGUAUAAAUCAAAAACAUAGUUUAUUAUCUGGUGACUCUUUGGUGAAAUCAUACGAUACUUAUGACCCAGAGGAAGACAACGAUAGUCAACGGGAAGCAAGAAUAUCUACAUCAGACAGAAAGUCUCUCUCUCUUUCUAGAUUAAUGGAUAGUUCAAAAUCAAGACCAAUUUAUAGGAGUCCUGGAAGUAUUAUGCAGGAAAAUGAAAGAAAACUGAGCAAGGUUUCAUCUUCUGAAAUAGAGGCACCAGUUCCUGCAUAUUUAACAAAAUCAGAUUUUUCAACUUUAGACACAAAAAAGGAACCUGAAAAAGUGGAAAAUCCCACAUUAUCUGCAAGGACGAGGUUGUCGUCAUACUCUAAUGUCCGUUAUCUUAAAAACAGAAAUAGAAAUGGUAAUAGUAAUAAUAGCAAACAAUCUCUAGAAACAUCUAUUGCAAAGUUGGAAGAUGAAGAGGCAUUAAGUGCUCCCCCUACCCUAAAAGAAAAUAGUCAUAAGCCCCCUGUAGUUUCUUCCUCUUAUAUGAAUUCUAGAAGAUUUGCUCUACCAAGGAGAGCAACUACAACCGUCGCUCCAACAACAAGUCGACCUCACAGCACCACCAGAGCUUCACCUUACUUUGUACUUCCAUCAAUAUCUCGACAACUACAUUAUGGCAGAUCAUCAGUACAUAGAACGACAACAGCUCCACCAACUACAACGCCUGCACGUACUGCUGCUCCAACCUAUAAUCCUUCAUUGCUACGCCAAAGAAUGCUUAAUUCAAGACUAGGAUCUCCUUUACGAAGGCAAUUUACAAGGCCUUUACAAAGACAAGGUAAUGGUGGGACAUCAAAUUUGUCUUCAAGGUUUAAUACCAAUGGAAAUACACCAUCUUCAAAUACUGGGAACCUUAAUGGACAGAGGAUGAUUUAUGGUCCAGAAGGAACAAAGUGGGUUGUAGAUUUAAACCGAGGAGUGAUUCUUAACACUGAAGGACGAUAUCUUCAGGAUUCUCAAGGAAAGCCACUUCGAAUAAAGUUGGGAGGAGAUGGACGAACUAUUAUUGAUUUAAAUGGCACUCCGGUUGUCAGCCCUGAUGGGUUACCACUGUUUGGACAUGGAAGGUUCAGCAAGCCUGUAGCUAGUGCUCAAGACAAACCAGUCCUAAGUCUUGGGGGAAGGCCUCUAAGAGGUCUUGAAGUGGCAAGAACAACCAGACCUACCACCACAAGAAAGACAACCACUCCAACCACAACUACAACAACCCUUCCUCCAACAACAACUACAACUACAACUACUACCACUACACCUGAACCAACUACUGUUGAACCAACUACUGAAGAACCAUUUAUUCCUACCUGUGCACCAGGUUCUUUUGCACAAUAUGAUGAGGAAGGAAAUAUGAUUAUGGGAGCUGAUGACAAGCCUGACUGCUACACAGAAGAUAGUUAUUCCGGCCAAGACCUAAUUGUUACAACAGAAGCUGCAGAAAGCGUGACAUUCUUUGAUCCUGAUCAAGAUUAUGAGCUGAUUGAGACAACACAACGUCCAAUACACACAACAACCAGACGGCCUCCAAUUAUUAUUGGGGAACCAGAAAUAAGGUCAUUUGAAGACAAUAUGGUGUCUGAAUUCGAUGCAACCGGCAAAAAAAGAUUUACUGCACCAUAUGUAUCAUAUAUUAGUAAAGAUCCGAAUACUCCAUGCUCCCUCAAUGAUGCUCUGGAACACUUCCAAGUAGAGAACCUGGCCGAAUUGUUACCUAAAGAAAUGAAAGAUGGCGUUCUACCACCCAAAAAUAUCUCAUAUAAUAUCACCGUUGUGGCUGUUGAGGGUUGUCAUUCUUUUGUCAUUCUAGACUGGGCUAAACCAAAGAAGGGUGAUUUCAUCACAGGAUACUUGGUUUACAGUGCAUCUUAUGAGGACUUUUUGAAGAAUAAGUGGUCAACAGGUACGGCAGGAGGUACCAAUUAUCCUAUUGAAAACUUGAAACCAAAUACAAGAUAUUACUUCAAAAUUCAGGCAAAGAAUCCACAUGGCUUGGGACCCAUGAGCCCCUCUGUAUCAUUUGUUACAGAAUCAGACAACCCAAUGCUUAUUGUAAGGCCGCCAGGCGGAGAACCCAUUUGGAUUCCUUAUGCAUUUAAACAUGAUUCAAGCUAUUCUGGUUGUCAUGGAAAACAGUAUGUUAAACGAACGUGGUACAGAAAAUUUGUAGGAGUUAUACUUUGUAAUUCUCUGAGGUAUAAGAUUUACCUGAGUGAAAAUCUAAGAGACACAUUUUACAGUGUAGGUGAUAGUUGGGGAAGAGGAGAAGAUCAUUGCCAGUUUGUGGACUCUUACAUGGAAGGAAGAACAGACCCAUUUUCUGAAUACCAGGUGAUGCCUGCGAUUAAAGGUUAUUAUCGCCAAGAAACCCAGGAGCCAGUGAUGUUUGGACAAAUAGGUUAUGGAACCCCUCAUAAUUAUGUUGGCUGGUAUGAAUGUGGAGUACCCAUUCCUGGAAAAUGGUAGUGUCUUGACAACAGUGUUUUCAAAAUUAAAAGAUUAUUUCCUAGUAAAUUUGGUGCCAUAUGAUGAACUUGUAUAUAAAUGGAUUGAUGGCACAGCGCUGGAAUUCAUUAUAGGACAAAAAGCACAAUACAUCUACAAGCUUCAGAAAAAAACAAGAACACUGUGUGGAAUUAAAGUGGUGCUGCCUUUACUUUGCAUUAGAAACCAAGUUAAACUCCCUCUUGAUCCAUUUUGGGCCACACAGGCCACUUUCAGUGACUCUUUGAAAACAAAGAAUGACCUAAGCUUGCUCUGUGUGCUUACUUGUAAGUCAGACCUUUACUGUUGUUCUGAAGGGAAAUGGUCUCCAUCAAUAACCACUGGCAGAACACUGUGCACUUCAAAGGUAUACAUUGCAAUCAUGCUUCUGUUACUAGUUAUCGUGUGAUAUAGGACAGCCUGCUUUUAAGCAAACACUUGUUGGAGCUUAUUCUUUAUGUCUAGGCACUUGUGGACAUUGGUACUUUUGGUAUAUACAGUUCAGGUGCAUACUUAAGAUCUAUGAUGAAUAUGACAGUGCCCACAGCUGACUAAUGCAUGAUAAACAUUAACACAACAUUUCCCAAUGUCUUCUAUCCAUUGUCAAUCCAGCAUUAACUGUGAAUUCUGGUUUCCAUUCUGUUUACUGGAUACAUUAGAAUGAAAUGUUUAGGAGCUAGCUAGCCUGCCAUCACCAAGACGUAUUAAAGGGCUGAGAAAGCACUUGUUUAGUUCAGAAAUGUCAAAUAUAUUGAGAUCACAUGCACUUAUAAGGGCUGUCUCCUUACAGAGAACCCUUUAAUAUAAAAGCAUAUAAGGUUUUAUCAUAGUUAGACAUUUUAAGAUGGCAGCCAUAUAGUAAUACAUGACUAGUUACUGAGUGGCCACUCUCCCAAUAUGAUGUCUACAUUUCCUAUGAACAGGGGUUAUCCUCAUGGUACAGCCCUUUUAAUUCAUAUAAGGAGAUAAGAGUAAUGAUAAUUAAUUCAAUGACACAACCAAGUAUGAAUUUUAUACUUAACUUUAUUUUAAGUUGUAACUUACAAUCCAGUCAAACUGUAGUAUAUGGUUAACUUACUCUGUUGGUUACCCGUAUCAGUGUACUGUAAUAUAAAGGUAAUGGCAUUUGCAGCAGACAUAAAUUGGUGGAUAAAUCAAUUUAAUUAUACUAGCGAUGCACUUACUAUACAGAUGUAGCUGAUAUAAUUUAAACUUUAUCUGAUUGUCUGCUGUUUCCUUACAUGAACUUCAAAAGAAUGGGUCCCCUACUUGGGACACUCCUCUAUUUGUAUGUGUGAAGACCCAUUGAAAAGAAUCAUUAUUAUGGAUGUCUAAUUGCACCACAUAUUAAAUAGACUUUAAUGGUCACUUGCCAAUAAUACAUUUCCAAUCAGAACUAAUUUCUGAGAGUUGCAGUUGCCUGAUCCCUGCGAUCUCUUCAUUGUUGAUGUGCGCCCUCAUGGAAAGGGGUUGUCCUAGAUGGACAAUUCCUAUACUGCUUUACUUCUAGCACAAUGUAAUGGAGAGAAGGGUCAGUAAGAAAAAAAGGAUAUCCUUCCGUGUUGGCCUACAAAUAGAUGUCUGCUACAGCUGUAUGUGGAUGCACUUAUGACUGCUGAAAAAACAGCAUUCUAAAGAGUUAUGUAAUUUAUAAACCUCAAAGUGUGCUUUAUUGCAAAUGUUAGUUUGUAUUAAUAUAUGAGCAAAUGCGUACAUUUAGUUAUGACAAAUAUGUUAUUCGAUUUCAAACUGGAUUUGAAAUCCACUAAGAAUAGAUAUUACUAAUAAAAAAGAAAUGUUACAAGUAUCUUAGGAGACUGAUUCCCAUAGACGUACAUUGGAUUGCGAACCAAAGUAAUACAGCAAUCUUGUCUACAUUUUAAAUCACACAACUUAGACAUUUAUUUUCUUAGGCCUUAAUACCCCUUUUCGAUACACUAGGCUAUGUUAACUGUGUCUUAUUUGUAAACUUGUAUUGCACUGAAUAUCUUGCACAGGUGCUUUACCACCUAUUGAUGGUGCUCAAUAUUUUUCAGCCAAGUUUUGAGACUAUGACUCUCAGCAAGAAGGUGCUAUGGGAUGAUAAAAGUUCCUAAUAAAUUCUUCUACCUUUUCAUCAGGACUCCACAGGGGACCAGGGGACCAUUAAGAAUAGAUUUAGAAAACUAGCCUAGCAAUAUCCCAACCAAAAGGUUUUAAACUCUGUUUUCCUGAAUAUUAGUGAAAAAUAGUUUUAAACCAGUGAGAAAGUAUGUCAGUUAGGGUGUUUCUGUUUCACAUAUACAUUAUUUAGCAAAAAAACAUAUUACCGGAUGCUAAAAACAGAUUUUGCUAUAUGCCAUCCGUUUCCCAUUGGCAUACACAAUAGCGUAGUUGACUAUGUUUUCACAUACAUCAAAAUAAGACAUACUGUAAUGAAAACAAUGAAACAGAGACAAAAAUGUGGUGUGAACGCACCCUUUGCAGUAGUAAGAUGAUAAUGAAGUAUUUAGUAGUCCAUUAAAACAGCAGUCCUUGCCUCCAGAAUCUGAAUCUGAGUAAGGUAAGCAGAGCUGCAGGCAUCCCUAAUGUUGACAGAGCUCUUAUUUUACUACAAUCACUUUAUGAGUAAUGAUUUUAUAGUUAUUAUAUCUUGUUAAAAAAAACAAAACACCUAUAUUGUUAACAGGGGUAUCAACUAGUAGUACACUGUUAUAAUGCAUACAGUAUAGCAUAAUGCAAUAAAGACUAACCAAAAGAAUAUUUUAUUUGUAAUACAUGUGUUAGAGAUAUAAAAAUAGGUAGGAGGAACAUGUGCCCUUGUGCAAUGCAACCAACAUUUCCCAAACUAAUGUUCUCCAAACAUUUUAGAAAGUAUGAUUCUUUUGGAAAUAUCUGUUGGUUACCUCUUAUGUACAUUUCAAAUUGUUUAUUUUGGUGUUUCAGAAUUCACUACAGCUACAUCCUACUUGGUGCUAUGACAUAUAUUGGAAAAUGUAAUUCUUAAGCAGCCUGUCUGUUUUCAGGGAUUGGAUCACCCAGUUCACUUCAAUGCACAAUAUGGUUUGUUCUUUAUACAUAAAAAUAAAAAUAAA